CGGGACAGCCGGGGAAACGCUUUGUGGUCGGGGCUCGGUGCUGUGCAAUCCUCAAACUCAUAACACAGGACUUGAGGCGCUUAAAAGCACCGUGAUAUGGCGUCUGCGACCAUAGCCCCUGCCGCGGCUGCUGCUGCGGACAAGCAUCGUCGCAGCCACAACUGCACCUAUCCACUGCCUUGAGCUACCUCGCAGUCCCCGGGAAUCUGAUGGUGCAGCCGCGAGGGUGACGCCGGCGGGGGGCAGCACGCGUCCAACGUUAGCGCUGGCGACGACGGCAGCCGUGGCCUGUGGGGGGCCACCGCCGCAGCACCGCCGUUGCGCUCACUGGCGCCAUCGCCGCCCGCGGCACCGAUCCCAAACACCCAGCCCCACGCCAGUGCUGUCUCGUCGCCUGAUGCGACGGCGCAGCUGAAUGUGCAGCCGCGGGGGUUACGCCGGCGGGGGGCAGCACGCGUCCAACGUUAGCGCUGGCGACAACGGCAGCCGUGGCCUGUGGGGGGCCACCGCCGCAGCACCCCCGUUGCGCUCACUGGCGCCAUCGCCGCCCGCGGCACCGAUCCCAAACACCCAGCCCCACGCCAGUGCUGUCUCGUCGCCUGAUGCGACGGCGCAGCUGAAUGUGCAGCCGCGGGGGUGACGCCGGCGGGGGGCAGCACGCGUCCAACGUUAGCGCUGGCGACAACGGCAGCCGUGGCCUGUGGGGGGCCACCGCCGCAGCACCGCCGUUGCGCUCACUGGCGCCAUCGCCGCCCGCGGCACUAAUCCCAAGCACCCAGCCCCACGCCAGUGCUGUCUCGUCGCCUGAUGCGACGGCGCAGCUGAUGGUGCAGCCGCGGGGGUGACGCCGGCGGGGGGCAGCACGCGUCCAACGCUAGCGCUGGCGACAACGGCAGCCAUGGCAUGCCCACGCCAGUGCUGUCUCGUCGCCUGAUGCGACGGCGCAGCUGAUGGUGCAGCCGCGGGGGUGACGCCGGCGGGGGGCAGCACGCGUCCAACGUUAGCGCUGGCGACAACGGCAGCCAUGGCCUGUGGGGGGCCACCGCCGCAGCACCGCCGUUGCGCUCACUGGCGCCACCGCCGCCCGCGGCACUAAUCCCAAGCACCCAGCCCCAUGCCAGUGCUGUCUCGUCGCCUGAUGCGACGGCGCAGCUGAAUGUGCAGCCGCGGGGGUGACGCCGGCGGGGGGCAGCACGCGUCCAACGUUAGCGCUGGCGACAACGGCAGCCAUGGCAUGAAUAUGUGCGUCUCUUAGUGCUUGCGUCAGACCAACCGCAAGGCCGCCAUCCGAGUUGCCGACCCACAGCUGGAGGCCGUGGCCAGGUUCAUCGUCAGCAUGCUUCCCGACACUUUUGCAAAGGCCCGGCAGGGCUAUCACAUGCCCCUGGCAACAUUCGCCAGAGGUGGAAACGAGAGGUGUGACGUGUACGUGGUGCUGGGUGCCGACCCCCAGCAGCGCUACAACACAAAGAUUGCGGGCGCGCUGCGAGACUUCUUGGAAAAGGGCAAGGGCAUUCUGCUAGCCGGCCCUGUGGUGGUGGCGGAUGUGGGCCUGGCCCUUGCUGCACCCGUGCCGUCAGACGAGUGGACCCGGCCCUACCUCAUGUUUGGAAGGCAGAACGGCAUCACGGCCGGCGGCGCCGCCAGCGCUGUGGCGGCCAGCAGCGUGACCUCCGAGCAGUUCCGUGAGAUGCUGUCGCGGCUGUUGAAAAUCAAGCGGCGCCCCUCCAGCGCCGAGUUCAUCAGCCUGAAUGCGCGCGUGAUGGCCGUGCGCGCCGACCUCGACGUUUCCGAUGUCGCUGCCUUUGAUGAGGUCAUGCAGGCCAGGAUUGCAGAGUAUGACCGUGACAUUGGCUUUAUUACGCGCUAGCGUGCAGGGGUUAACCGUAUUCGGCGCGGUGAAUAUUCACAAGCAAUGGUUCCAUCGAUGUUGAUACGGGUACUACUGCACUGAGUAUGUACGUAAAGCGGUGUGCACGGUGCGUGCGUGUUGGCUUCCCCCGAAGGCCUACUUGUUACACUUUUCGACGCAACGUUAGUUAUGUUGCGUCACGCACCCGGCCUGCCGUAUGACCGGGGCGCAGCCCAAUAUAACAUGCAGUCGUAAGAGUGCCCUUGUGCGUGCCCAUAGUGAUGUGUAAACGCGCGAAACA